UCUCUCUUUAUCUAUGACAGGACAAAUAGACCUCAACCCAAAUCUUCCUUUCAAAGCUUCAACAUAUUAAACCUUCUUCCCACAGAAUUAGCCCCGUCAAACCCCCUAUUCUUUUUCCCUUUCUUCUUCGAUGUCUGAGGAAUUACCAGGAGAUCAUCACUUCUGCUACCAGAACCCAUUUCAUGGCGAUGGUUUUGCCAAUUCCUUUGCCAAUUCAUCGAGUGUUUACAUGGAUCCUCCAUACAUGAGCUUCACCGAGUGUUUACAUGGAUCUGCAGACUACAACACACUCGCCAGAGCUUUUGGAUUGUCAUCGGCACCUUCCUCCGAAGCAUUCUCGGCCGUCAAGGAUGAGAAGAAGCUGGCGGCGGUGGACGCCGGGGACCAGUUACUGGGCAGUGAAACGCCGGCGACGCCCAACUCUUCCAUCUCUUCGUCGUCUACUGAGGCCGGGGCCGGUGACGAGGAUUCUAGUAAGGGGAAGAAAGACAGGCAACAGAAGGAGUCCGAUGAAGGAACCGGCGAAACCUCCAAGAAAGGAAGCAAAUCGAAAAAGAAAGGCGAGAAGAAGCAAAGAGAACCCAGAUUCGCUUUCAUGACCAAGAGCGAAGUUGAUCAUCUGGAAGAUGGAUAUAGAUGGAGAAAAUAUGGCCAGAAGGCUGUCAAGAACAGUCCUUUUCCAAGAAGCUACUACCGGUGCACCACUCAGAAGUGCACCGUGAAGAAGCGAGUGGAGAGGUCGUUCCAGGAUCCAUCAGUGGUGAUAACAACUUACGAAGGCCAGCACAACCACCCGAUACCGGCUUCGCUCAGGGGAAAUGUGGCCGGAAUGCUGCCGCCGUCGAUGCUGGCGCCGCCACCCACUGUGGCCGGGACGAGCUUCCCUCAUGAGCUCAUGGCUCAGAUGCCUUCUUCAGUCUACAACCAUGGCGGGAUAAGCCCUCUCUACCCACAAAGCAGUGCCCUAACCCCACUGCAGCAACUUCAGCUUCAGCUUCAGCUUCCAGACUAUGGCCUUCUUCAAGACAUGGUUCCCAAUUCCAUGAUGUUUAAGCAAGAGCCAUAGCCAUGGCUGGCUAUAGUCUCAUGUUAUCUUUUAUGCUACUUUUACUACUGUUUCUUGAGUUUAAAGAGCCCCUUCUUACAUCCUAAUCUUCGAGAAUGUGUUAACAAGAGAUGGUUUUUAUCCAGUCGAUUGAUAGACCCAUCGAUUGGUGUUCAUUUCGGGAGAGAGAGGAUUCUUCUAACUCUCCUCUCUCAAAUGAGAUCACGUCUUGAUAUGUAUAUGUAUAUAUGUUGUUGAUCAGUUGAGGUACUAUUUGAUUAAUUACAACUGCAUGUGAUAAUUAACCCUAGUUUUCACUGAA